CUUUCUGGAUUUUAACCAAUGAGCAGUCACGUCAAAUGUACGCACAGUUUUGUACAAUUAUGUUGUAAAUAAACGAAUGACAGAGACGCUGCUGAUAGUGAAAUUGCUACCAAAAUAUAUAAUCAAUAAGGAAUCCCAUUACUCGACUGUGUAUCAAGUGACUAGAGUCAGACUGUGUCGGGAAACACAGGUAGCUUGUGGCCAAUGCCACAGGCUCGACCUGCCAAGAGAAGUGGACCAUCAACCUUGGAAAGAGCUCGCAAAUUACCCUCAUCAGACCAAUCUUGUCCCCUUGUGGCUGUUGGACUGAAGACGAAGUGCCUGUGGACUCACCAGCAGUAAAAAUUGUCAUGUCGGAAUUAAAUAGAGAGGUGGUGGAUUUGGUUUGGGGGAGACCGUCCAGUGGAGGAGUGUCUGCCUCCAUCUUCCGUAGAUGGACCCAAGGAUUUGUUUUUUGUGAGAAUGAGCAAACAGCACUGGAGCAGUUUGAAGGAGGGCCGUGUGCUGUCCUUGCACCUGUCCAGGCUUUCCUCUUAAAGAACAUCCUCUUCAACAGAGAAAGUUCCAACUGGAGACAGAUGACAGAGGAAGAGCAGAAAACAGUUCUGUGUUCUACUCUGAGUGAAAUCCUGGAGUCUGCCUGCUCCAGCCCCUCCACAGGGUUCUGCCUGGUGACCUGGGCUAAGGGACAAAGCCCACAUACUAGCUCACAGUCGCAAACACAGGCCAUGCCAGCACCAGAGAGCAGCCAGCCGCUACAGGAACAGCAACCUACUGCUUUGGCUGCAGAAGACCUUGGCUUUGAGCGAUUUCACAGUGUUCUCCAUAAGCGGACUGUAAUGUCAGUGUCUGGUCUCAGAGAGGAGGUGUUGUCUCUCUACCACACCUGGAGGGGGUGCUGUGGAGUCUUACUUUUCCUCUACUCUGUCAUCCUCACCAAGGGCAUAGAGAAUAUAAGAAAUGAGAUCCAGGACACAAUGGAGCCUCUCAUAGACCCUGUGCAUGGCCAUGGCAGUCAGAGCCUGGUGAAUCUCCUUGUAACUGGCCAUGCUGUCUCUAAUGUCUGGGAUGGAGACAGAGAGUGCUCUGGCAUGAAACUGCAUGGUAUUCAUAAACAGGCAUCAGUUGGCUUCCUCACGCUUAUGGAAUCACUACGCUACUGCAAGGUCGGGGCAUUCCUCAAAUCUCCAAAGUUCCCUAUUUGGAUCCUUGGCAGUGAAACUCACCUCUCUGUGAUUUUCACCAAGGAGAUGUCCCUGGUAGGUCCAGAGUCUCCAUCAGAACAAGCACGGAGGGUCUUCCAUUCAUUCGAUCCUGAAGAUAAUGGCUUCAUCCCAGAAUCUCUCCUGGAGGACGUGAUGAAAGCCCUUGACCUUGUCUCAGAACCCGAGUAUGUCAGUCUGGUGAAGAGUAAACUGGAUCCAGAGAGUUUGGGCAUAAUUCUUCUGGGCCCGUUCCUGUUGGAGUUUUUCCCUGAUCAGGAUUCAGGAAUCCCAGACUCGUUUCCCAUCUACCACUACAAUGGACUUAAACAGUCCAACCACAACGAGAGGGUGGAGUAUGUGGAAGGGACGGCUUUGGUGCUGGGUUUUGAGGACCCCAUGGUUCGGACAGACGACACCCCAGUCAAGCGCUGCCUACAGACCAGGUGGUCCUACAUCGAGCUGCUGUGGUCCACCGACCGCUCCCCGUCACUGAACUAGCACCGACACAGUCUGUGUAUGUGGAUGGACCACUACUGCUCCACACACAAACACACGCCCCUCUCCGGCUUCCCCUCUGCACCCUGACCUUGAAAGGUCAGCGGGACUGACACACAUACACAGAUAUACAACACAGACGACCGAGAAUGAGAAAAACACAAAUGCACACAACAGACUGAGACGGAAAACGUUGGUGGACUAAACACACAUGCCUGAGAUCCAUUCUGCCAUCCUCACUCACCUUUACAGUUUCUGCUAUUGUCUGUUCACCAUGGCUUGUAAUUGACACGCAGGAUGUUGAUGAUACAACUAUUUAAAAGAAAAGAAAAAAAAGCUCUGCGCCGACGGCUAGAAACUGUUUAGAGAGUAAACUGGUUUGGUUCAACUACUCAAGUGUGUCAUGCUGAACCCCAUGUACAGCCAGUCGACUGUGAAACACUACUGUUAAUCCAGCUAUAGGACUGUUCGAGGGAAAACCUACCAAAGCCUUCCACAUAUGAGAACACGUAAACACACACACACACACACUCACACACCCUCACACCCUCACACUCACUGAUAAGCGUUUACAGCGUAAAGGGACCAACCCAGACGCAGAGAAGUGGAGAUUUCUUCAGUGUUUUCAUCAAGAUGAAGCUGGUUUAGGUGCUCUGUGUAUGUGUGUGUUUGUGCACCACACUAGGGUGUUGGCCAAGUGUUCAUGUAUUUAUUAUCACACUCAAAGGUUCUGGAAUAAACUCUUUUUUUUUUUGUUCAAA